AUGUUCAGAACUCAGAAGAUCAGUUGUACCCAAAGAAUUCCCAGAUCUGCCGAUAUCCAAAAGAAAUCUCUAAUUCCAGGUGUGGUUGCCGCUCAGGACCCGCGACUCACGGCGUGCAAUGGCGGCAACAGUCUCAACACAUGCCAAUCGCAGUUCAACACUAAAAUGGGCUUCGACCAAUCACUCGGCGUUACCAAAUACCAAGACUUGAGAAGUGCCAUUGAGAAGUCGUUCGCUGACUACCAAGCUUUGGGACUUUUGAACAUUUGCGAGGCAUACAAGGAGUACCAGCAGUGCUAUACAGAUGGUCAAUUCUUCGCAUGCGCUCAAAAUCCGUUCGGUCUCCUCACAGCUACUAACAACGGCGGAGUCCAAUUCACUCAAGACCAGGCCAAUGGAUACGUCAAGAUCUGGAACCAACUUGAUUUCGUUUGCGGAGCCGGUUUCUCUAUCUUCGCCAACGCUGAAGAUUGUGGAUCCGCCGUUUUCAACAAUCAAACCGCCGCCAUGAGACAAUGCGACAAUGACUUCAAUGUGAAAGCCGCUGCCGAUCCAAAUGAGGCUUGCGCAUACGUUGAAAUCGCCGCCAACUGCUACUUCCAAUUGUUCUGGAACGCAUGCAAGAAGCCAGAGGUUGCUUACUGGGGAUGCAACUACGAGCGUACCGGUACCAACCUUCUCUACCCACAGUGCUCUCAAAUUUUCUGCACAUAUAUGUGGCGAGACCAGUCUUUGUCACUUCUGGUCCUCAUCAUUGGAUUCUCCGGUGUACUAUCCGGAGGUCUGGACUGCGACUCCACAGUCUACAUGGAGUGCCAAGCCGAUCUCAACAAAGCCUUGAGCAUUGCCGACCCACAACCAUGGUUGAGACAUACUACCAGAACCAAGGAGAAACUGGAAUCCGCAAAGUUUGCAACAUACCUCUCAAAUGAGGGAUGCAUGUCUCAAACUUGGAAGGGAGACAGUGGACAAACGCUUAGGCAAUGCAGACUCGACUAUGAAGUUACUAGUGAUGUGGAUGCGACUCAAGCUUGCACAUUGGCCAACAAGUACUUGAUUUGUUUCGAGACCCAGUUCAAAAACAACUGCGGUGACAAAUCGAAUGACUCCCAAUUCUGGGCUUGCGAAUAUUCUCGUGUCAAUAUUUUCACCCGAUUCCCGCAAUGUGCUGCUAGAUGCGUCUGUUAG